GUAAUUAUUGUAGUAUAUAUAAAGGUAUAUUAGUGUUACUUUGUUUUUGGAUCAUAAGACUAAAUUUUUGUUGUUGUUAUAUGCUCCUUCUUUUCCCUUGUGUCUUCUGAAUUGCAUAUUUGAUGUACACAUCUUUAAAGUAUAGAACAAUAUCAAAGAGAUGGAUAAUAUCAAAAAAAAGACGAAAAGUUUAUUUUUCUAUUCAUACGAAACUGUGUAAUGAUAUUGCUUCGAUAAAAAUGAGUAAAUGUAGUAAUCUUGUUGAAUGUACUUAACUCUGUUUAUUGCAUAUAUGUACUUAUUUAUGUCAAUUUCUAAUUAGAUAUUAUUUUUUCAAGAUGAAAUCUAUAUGAUUUUGCUCAUUCUAAUUUCGAUGUCAAUCUAUGUUUUAGUUUUUUGGUGAGGUUUUAAAUGUAUAUAUAUGUCUUGCUUUUUUCUUAGAUAAUGUGUUUCUUUAAUUUUAAAGUAUGCCUUUGUGUCGCUUAUUUGUGAUUUUUUUAUAUUAAAUAAGAGACAUGUGGAGAGCUCUGUAUUAAAAAAAAAAUCAGUUUUUUUCUUUAUGGAGAUCGAUGAAACAUAGUAUAUGAGUUGAGUAGAACAUAUUCUAAAAAAAAUAUAUCUCAACCUCUUGAUACUUAAAUAAGCUUAUAUUUGUUUAAAUGUAUAAGCAUACAUAAAUAUUUAUAGUAUUUUUUCGAUAAGGCAUGAUUCAAAAAACAUACAAAUCAAAGUUUUUCAUUGUUGUGCUACUGCAUGAAUAAGUUUCUAUCUUUACUUUGGGGGGGAAAUUAUAAAUCUUUUCAAUUAUAUUUCAUAAAGUAAUGUUGUCUUCUUUUUAUUUCCCAAUUGCUACUAUCAAUUUAUUCUUUUUACACCCCUCGGCACACCCGAACAUAAAUUUAUUUAACGUAAAAAUGUCAAAAGUGUUAGCAAUCACACAUUUCAAAAAAAAAGUCGAUUUCCUACAAAGUGACGUACGUUGGCUAUGUCAGUGCGCAAAUGUCCCUUGUCUAAAGAUACGGAAAUAUCUUUACCAGAUGAAGAUACUACUCUUGAGAGUACUGCAUCAGCCCCUGACGACGAGGAUAACACAGAUGAACAACCCCUAACCGAAAAAUUACUGACUCUAGCUUCACCCACCAACCUAUCUCACUCCCGUGUUCAACUGUCUGUAACCGGGCCGCAUGACAACGAUUUGAAUAUGAUCUUAAGCAAUAAUAUGCGUAGUGAUCAAGUAGAAUCUAUCCAAUCGAAGCGCCUUUUCUCUCAAGAUGCUGUAACUAUAGGGGCUGGAAUCACCAUUCCCGCAGGCGCUGCGCUGAGAAAGCGAGGUCUUCAAAAAUGUAGUGGCGAUAACAACCAUCAGGAUUCUUCCGCACGACGUGUCCUUCGACGACACAAGUUGCCUACGGACUUCUCAAACCACCCUGCAUUAGAUUCUAGCACCACUAUGAAUAUGUCUGCAACAGGGUUGGACAACGAGCGCCGGCUUGCAUCAAGCAUUGUGGCAAAUUCUACCAUAAGUGCUCUUCCAACCCUCACCAAUCGUUUAAAGCUUAGUGAAGGUCUCAGCAGUAUAGAUUACCUCCCUGCAUUUCGUGCGCUUGCAAUUGGCAGCACAAGACAACUGCACAUUGUAGAGGUAAUUCCUGCUGUUGCCUAUGAUGUUUAUCGACACGCUCACGACCAUCUCUGCAAUAGUAAACAACAAAAAGCGGAAGAGUCAUGCGAUACAGAUGACAAGUAUCCCUCUUCUAGGGAAACUGACACGAAAGAUGACCGAGAGGGUAAAUCUACUGAAAGGCGAGGAACACUACCAACACACGCAAUACCUAUUCCUUCGCAGUAUACUCCUACUGAGGUUUACGUCCCCGGUGAGCGAAGUAGUAAUAUUAGGCCACCUGGUGGCACUGACUUCACACAUGCAGGCAAUGAGAGCCGUAUAAAGUGGCGCAGCGGCAGCUUCAAAACCGCUCACAAUAAUUCAGAAAAUUCUGCUUUUCACACCUUUACAUCUGUAUACAACAGAAAUACAUCUUCAGGCAUGCAAUCCUCUUCCGCCAACUCUAACAGCCCCUAUGUGCUCCGAAAUGCUGGAGUUUUUGGCGGACUCAUGAAGGUUGAGUCUGUUGCUUGGUAUCCUAGCUGCAAUGAAGCAAGUGUUGCCUUUGUCCAGCCUGGACGUGCUGUUACUGUGUUCCUUGAUGCACUACAGUUCAAAAGCGACGACAGCUACGUGUCACAGCAGUGGAGAAGAUCCCAAGGCAAGGGAAAGACUCUCCAUGCAACGCAAAGAGUUGGUGGGGGCUCCACUGCAACAGCCGUCGUCGCGCCAUCCGGCUUUAUGCUUUCGUCAUGUGCAAUCAAGACUAACCUCACGCCUUCUUUGUCCACACCUGCCUGGGGCAAGGGAUGCAACGUUACUAUUCCUACAAACCCAACUAUUACUCUCACCCCAUCUUCCGGAAUUAGCUCAGAUCACGCUUCUGUUGAGCGCAGCCCCGGAGGUGUUCUUGCCAAAGAACUUAUUGAAUUAUCCAUAGACUGUACUUAUGUUCGGGUAGAGUGUAUUGCGUGGGACCCACACAACCCUCACACACUCGCUCUCAGCUCCACUCUAACACACUUCGAGCUGUGGCAUAUUCCAAGCGUCAGUGAUAGAGUGUAUGCACCGCAACUUGUGUUGCGCCCACCGGCACACAAUACUCGCUCUGUCGCCCGCACCCUUGCUUUCUCACCUUCCGAUGCGAAUCUCAUCAUCGUUAUCGUGGAGUCCGCGAGUGCUGGUCAGGUCCUUCUAUUUGAUCGACGACAGGUCGAGGUUCCGCGUUCACUGGACGUUAUGGGGCCAGGCCUUGCCGCUGCUUUCCACCCCAUCUUCUCGGAUCUUCUUGCGGUAUGCUUUCGAAAAUCCAAAACGAAAACGGACUGCCGGGUCGCCUUUUUACGUGUUCUAGAGAAUAGUCAUCAAGUUGAGAUAGUAAAGACGGGUGCCCCAGUUUUGACGUCUUUGGGAGAUACCUCUUACACCGAAAUGUUAUCAGGCUCAACGAAUUCAAGGACGCUGACAAAAGGUCUACAGCACCAUUACUCAGACGUACCGCACGAGGAACAGACAGAUUCCUUGUUGGACGCUGUAAGCAACACUAUACCAACCACAAUAUCAGGAACAGAGGCGCUGCUGUCCUCUGCGAACGUCCUGGAGGUUCCACGUGUUGUCCAGCAGAACAUUCUGAAGCCCGUCGAUCACUACGCCAGUGUGAAUUGCUUAAAAUGGCGUCCUGGCUCCUGCGGCAUGAAGUUGUCGGCAGAAAGUCCAGAUCACCACUUCAGGUGCUGGUUCCCAAGCCCAGAUCCCUUUGCUGUUCUUUAUUCUGCCGAUGCGGUAACAAGUCAUUUAAGCUCGUCAUGCUUUACAGGUUCAAAUGAUGCAGCUUUACGGCAACAUAAUAGAAGUCAAGAUUUUGCAGAAAAAAAAGAGGGCAUAACACCUGAAACUGAGGAAGUACACACAACGGCGAGUUAUGCCGGUUUUAAGUCUGGAGUCGAGCUUUUGGCUUCUCAGCUUUGGUUUGCGACGGCGGCUACAUCAACUGAUUCCGAUGUGUGUGUGUGGGAUGCAGUGAGUGGAUAUGUGCCAGUUUGUGUGGCCUCUCACCACACCAAGGACGGGCGCGAGCUGAGUGACUUUGUAUGGGUGAACGAACUGACACUGGUUACUGUGUUUAAAAGUGGAGAGGUGAUUUGUACAUGCUUGAUGAAUAAUAACCAUUUUGAAGAUUCAGUACUUGUAUGUCCAUCACUUGAGGCAAACGAAGACGAAGUCAUGGCGGAUUCAAUACCUAGGAAGGAGCAGCACUUGAGCCCCUUAACAACAAAUACGCUAAGUACGGAACGUGCAGCAAAGGAUUGUGGCCACAUGAUGUUGUGCUACCCACCGGAUAGCGCGGUACGCGUUCUAAGCCUGCACUCCAUCAUGCCAACAUCUGCAGUAACGUGUGACCUCUUUGGCCGCAGCUUCGUCGUUCGCAAUACCUCUUCACGUCUUAAGGAUUAUUAUAAGAGUGUAAUUCGAAGUGAACGAAAAGACCUCAUCCGGCGGCUUCUGUUACAGGUUGGGAACGAGGAAAUACAACGUGAGAAAGUUGCACAACGACGUGGUAUCUGCAUUCAACCUCACUUUUUAUUCAAAGAGAUCCUACACAUUCUUUUUGAUAACACAAAAUGUAAUGCUCUAUCUACAAUAUGCGACGUCAUAGAACAAGAUGCAAGCGAUAAAGCGGCACAACCUCUUCACAUGGAGGUGACUGGACACAGCGGUACUUUUUCAAACACAGAUAGAACCGAACCCAGUUUCCUUUUCUUCCCAACACUCGGUUCGUCCAGGGAGCAAGCAAUAGGUGCAGAACCGAGAGAGAAAAACAUUGAAGCUGGGGGUAGUAUCGAGCCACUAUCGGCCACAGGACUCAAUGCGACCCUCAGGUUGACAAAUUCUUCCCCAAGUCUCGAAAAACUUCGGUGGGGCAUACAAAAUGGACCAAGUCAACUUUUUCGACGUAUCCUUGGGGUUUUCCAGCGUCCUUUCUCCUACGGGCAUCAGGAAUGCCCCCCUGACAUCAAAGGAGUCGAUAGAUCUAUGGCUACCUCACACACGGGUUAUUUAGCCGCGCACGAAGUCAGAGCACCUCACUCCCCUGCUCCGGGGGGUCAGAACUCUCAAAAAGAGCCAAUUGAGCCAUAUCGUGUUGGCACAGCAACUGAAAAUAAAACUCGUGUGAGCACAGACACACCACAUGCAUCGUCGCCAAUAGCUUUUGAGUCAUAUCAGCCGCAACCUUAUCAAGGAGGUUCUACAAACUUACGUGAGGUAUCUAAUCCUUUAGGCCGCUUCAGCGGAACUAGUGAUGUGUCAUGCCUUCAGGGCGUUGCACGCUUUCACGCAACACUUUCCGAAGUUUCUUCUACAGGGCAACGGAAUAAAUUUUCUCUAACCCAGGAUUGCGCUUCACAAAGGCCAUACCAUCAGACUUCAGCACUCUCUUUUCCUGUAGUGAAUACGAUAUCGAAUCGCUUUCCUAAUCAGCACCACAUGGCAAUCUUUCCACUCCUUUGCAACCCAACGACAGUUUGUAUGGAACAAAGCCUGACAGCUCAGGGUUCACCUAUUGCCAGUAUUUCUGCUCCUUCUGAUAGUUUAACACAUAUCAAGCAUUCAGUGCCAAACCCUCUCGAACAUGGGUCUUUAGUUUUGGAUAGCAACUACAAGAAUCUUGCUUUCACUAAAGAGCCUUUAGUAAUAGGUGAAAGUCGAACAACGAGGUGCAAGAGGAGCUCAACGAUUAAAAGAGACAUGGGCCCAUUAGUGCUUUCUCGUACUUCUUUUCCUCAAAGCCUUAAAAUCAACUCAACUGUUGCCAUCUCCGCUACAGCGAUGCAGCGUCAUGACUGCACCACUUCACUCUCUCUCACUCCAGAGGGGCAUUCGAACUGCCGACUGCGUAACUCUCCUGCACACGAAGCCGCUAAUCUUAAUAGCGACAAUUGUAACGAAAAUGCAAACUAUGUCGGUAGUACAUUACCUGAGGCUUCUAUAAAGCUUUGGUUAAUUUUAAACACUUCAUCCAUGGAGCAUUGCGUCAAUCCUGUUAUAGAAAACUGCGUCUUGAGCAACGCCGCUUGCACUUGGGCCUAUACCGAGUGCCAAACCGAAGCUAACCUCUUUGUGCGAUAUUCCUUAGAGUGGGAUAUGGGUUAUGAACUUGCUCUCAGUAUGAAACGUCAUCGUCACUGGCUUGAUGAUGAGGCUGAAAAGAAUCAAUUCAAUUUCAAAGAAGAGUUGCAGAAGCCUGGACGAAAAUUACCACAGCUUGAUCACAAAGCUAAGGUAACGAAAUCUAAUGACUUGUCUGCCCUAACAUUCCAACCACAGCAAUACGUUCCAUUUUCCUCGCCGAAACAGAUCGAUAUUAUAUUUUCUAACAUGAUGUUGCAUAAUUGUCGUAUUUGUGAGACACAAAAUAGUUUUAAUGACAUUAAAGUUGGCAAGAGAGGCGGUGGUCUCGGGAAUGACAACGACGAUAGGAGCCCAAAGGAUCCAAGAGCACAGUUCUGGCGCGCAGCUUCGCACGCCUGGAGGACACACGAUAUUGAAACUAUCCUAUCUGUCACUAUAAGUCAAUUAGAGUACACCUCGCUUAUGGGGGACGUUCAGUACAGCUUAGUUCUCUACGUACUUUUCUGUCUUUGGUGGAGACUGCGACAUCAUGCUCCACACCCUGUUACCACAGCUUUCCAUUCUCAGAGUGAAUUAGCGACUGAGAACGGUACGCAGCCGCAGCGUCGCGGGGGUGAUGACCAGCAAGAGCAAGAACACCUAACAUGGGAGUAUGUCAGGUCAGACCCUUCGGAUGAUACCUCCAGCACCUGUUGUACCUCCUCACUUGCCCAGGGAGUUGUGAGAAACAGGUCAGGGUCCACAGAAAAUUUCUCCGCAAUGCUUUCCUGUCCUUUAUUGCCAGGGCGUUCGUCCAGAUCACUGGCUGUAAGGCAACAAAAAACACCUCAUACACUUCCUCUCAUGUCCAAGACCAGUAGCCCAAACAACCCUCAAUUGUCUUUUCAGAAGACUGACACUUUGUUUCCAGUGCAACCCAUCCAACCAGCAGAGCGUCAGAAGGAUUCCAGCAUAAGCGUCCAAGGUUCGCCGAAGAAUUGUUACAGUACGACAUCGUGUACGUCUGAGCAGUGGAAGCUACGUGCCUUGCAAUGGCUUGAGGUUUAUACUUCUGAGCUCUACGCAUGUAAAUUGUACGUCCCCCUUAAUGAGCUUCUUUUAAUCAUUCCAGAACUCUUUCAGGAGCCAUACAACCCGGUGCAACCCAGGGCAGCAGACAUUGCCUAUGAAAAGCAAAUGACCUAUGUCUUUUGUGGCAACUGCACCAAGUCUGAACUUUCUACCUUUCCAGUUAAGGGGCCAUAUUCUCUUGCGUACUCAAGCAAUCCAGCCACAUCGGCGAUGUAUCGUUUGAAUCACAAGAGUAGUAGUGUGCAUGUCGAUAUGCAACAGGUAAAGAUUCGGCAACACCAAACAAAGGCUUCCAUACAUACAUCUUCUUCUAUAACAGCUGUGAACAUAUCGGAGGCUUCUAAAACGCUAACACCCAUGUACACAGAGCCACAACCAUCACAAUUGAAGUCGGAUUCGAAAGACCGAGGGAAACAAGUCCUCAAGGAGCUACCUCGGACUGAAAAAAGGAAGCGGCGAAGGCACUACAUUAGAGAUUCAGGGUUAGGGGUUUCUCAUUUGAGAGGCCCCUUACUUAUCCAUGAUGACUCAGAUUUUUCUCAAGAGACAUGCGAAAGUGAAGACUCCCAUUCAACUGAUUUCAGCUACAGCUUUUCUCGGACAAGUAGUACUAAUAGUUUAGCAACAAGUAUCUCUACAGAAAAUGUGAGUUUUUCCCCCCAAUGUGAAUCUGAGUCAUUUUCACUUUCCGGACGCCAACACAGGGCCAAAGAAAGUCAAAGUACUAAAGAGGCAACUCGUAGUCAAGUCGAUAUGACUAAUAGGCCUAACCACCAUAACGUUCCUACUGUAUCGUGGAAAAGUGUAGAAGACGACUCUCCGGUCAAUAAUGUUUGUGAUGAAGUAGAUAUUGAUGCAGUUAAAACGGAAGAAAUUUCGAUUUCGCUCCUUCCGGGGCAUGCAAUUCCCAAUAAUGCUGAAUGCCGUCGUUGCCACAACACGACCGCCAUGACAUGUGUUGUGUGCGAAGAGGUUGUGGAGGGUUUGUUCUACUGGUUACGUUCAUGCGGACAUGGUGGUCAUGUUCAUCAUAUGCAGCAAUGGAUGUCAAUUUCGUGCUACUGUCCAAAGUGUGGGGUACCUAUAACAAGUGCCGCAUCACAACAAUAAGAGGAAUUGAUCUGUGCAGAAAGGGGUCGUGUGUGUGUGGAAUGUCGACUAAGAAGGAUUCACACCCAUCGAAGAUAGGUAAAUUUAUAGGGGAACAUGCUACAAGUAUAUCUUGUUAGUCUAGA